ACUUCCUGGUCCUAUUUUCUCGUAGGUCCCAGUCUCCUUCUUAUUAAUGGGUAUGUUUGCGCCUGUGCAGUCAACAGGGAGGGCACGGACUCAAAAUGAGAAGAAAGAGCAAAUUAUCUGCCUGGAGAAAACUGUCACAUAGCUAGCGUGCUCGGAGCCAGAUAAAAAGAGUGACUACAAAUGCUAUUUACUCUGUGUUACGCCUAGCCCAAGGACGUACGGGAAGGCAGACACUGGCGAGACUGGGGACGAGGUGCAGGAUUUUGGAUGACAUUUGCCAGGGCCAGGGAAGGGCUGUUGAAAACCUAAAGAGACAUGUGCUGGGAAUACGUUUGGAUAUCAUGUCUUGACUACCAAAGACUAAUUAUCCGCGGAUAGACUGCAGCAGCACGUCAGAAAUAAAGGCCUCCUCUGAUGGAGCACUGUGCUCUUUAAUCCAGCCAGAAACCUCCCUGACAGGCAGCGACGAGCUACGGCAAAGGGACGCUUUAUUCGCAAUUGAAGGGAUUUAUGGGAUCACAAGUUUCCUCUGAUGAGAUGAGUGUGCGUGCUGGCCAGGGCAGUGAUGAGGUGCUGGUUUCACAGGCAGUGUGGGAUUACCUGGCUGCAGCUGGGCGGCCCUGGCUCAUUGACUUCCAGCACAAGCAGGGGAUGAGCGCUGGUAUCAUUAGGCGAGGAGAAAGGGGGGGCUGCUGCGCCGUGAGGCUGCAGCCGGUGGAAGGCUCCAGGAGCACUGGAGCUGGGGUGAUGGAUGGACCCAUUUCCAGCGAGACACGAAAAGCCUUCAUUGACUUAUGCCGCUGUGCCCGCAAAGAAAUGAGCAAACAGGAGGGGGGACCCAAGAGGAAGAGGGCUCUGCUGCCCUGUGUGGGAGUCCUGGAGCCGAAUGGAGAGGGGAGCCUGCUUCAGCCUCCACCUCCCCAGCCUCGGCGCUCCCAGAGACAGCAGCAGAGGUUCAGGAAGCCUGCUGAUGAGGAGGCCUGCGCCAUGCUCCACGAGGCAGCCCAGAGGAAGGACAUGGACUCCAGCUUGGCUUCCCAUAAUGAAGCAGAGGACAACAAAACGUGUUCAAUCUGCAUGGGGGACAUAGUGGAGAAGACUAUCCUGGAGAGGUGUGGCCAUUCGUUCUGUCACUCUUGCCUGGAUCAAGCCUUUAAGGUGAAGAAAGCGUGUCCUGUGUGUCGGCUAGUGUACGGCCAGUUGAUUGGGAACCAGCCUGCUAAUGGUACAAUGAUCGUAGAACGAGACCCUGAUCUGGAGCUUCCUGGCCAUGAAGGCUAUGGGUGUAUCUGCAUCAUCUACAGCUUCCCUCCUGGCCUACAGGCGCCAGAGCAUCCCAACCCAGGUGUUCGGUACCCAGGAACUGACCGUGUGGCCUACCUCCCUGACAGUCCUGAGGGGAACCGUGUGCUGGGCCUGCUGCGCCGGGCCUUCGAACAGCGCCUUAUCUUCACCAUCGGUACCUCCAUGACUACGGGCAUGCAAAAUGUCAUCACCUGGAAUGACAUUCACCACAAGACCUCAAUAUGGGGCGGGCCCCGCUGUUUUGGCUACCCAGACCCCACUUACCUGGUGCGAGUGACAGAGGAGCUCAGAGAGAAAGGCAUCACGGCGGACUGACAGCAAAUGAAAAUGACGACUCUUCCAAGACUUUGUAGGACUUUCCGAGUGUCCUUGCGGUGGACAUGACUCGGCUCCAGGUGCGCUCUGAGACUGCCCGUCCUUUUAAGGAUGGCUGAAGACAAGGCCCUCAGCAGACAGGCGUCUAAUGCUGCAGCAGAGCCCACAUCACUCCACUAGUUGUUCCUCUGUUUGUUCAUUUUUCCUCCAGAGUUCAGCUUAACCCAGUGCUACAUGUGAAAGAAAAUACUUUGAGUGCAGUGCAUUCUUGUAUUACACAAUCCUCUACCUGUCACUGUUGGCAAUAGGACAGAUAUCUGAUGCACUUAUUUAAGAGCAUUGUGGUGUGUUCAUGGUACUUAUAUAUUAUUUAGGAAGUCUAAGUUUAAUGUUAUAAAGACAGUUUAUGUUAUAUUAAUGUUUAUUUCUACUCUGGGGAUUUCUUGAUUUCUUACAAGCACACAUUCUUGGUUUUAUCUCCCCAGAAAUGUUUGUUGAGUAGGUCUCUUAAUUUGAUUGUUACUAAUUACCUGUUGUAAGUACUUUGGUAAAUGGCAGAAUAGCACUGCUUCAAUAGAAAGAAUUCAUUUUCAGAAGUUAUUGCAAUCUAAAGCACUCACAGGCACUUUGGUAAGGGAGUUUGUUUUUCAGUGAAGUCAGAGUCAUAGCUUUUGCUUCUUCUGUGGAAGAGUGCUUGGGGCAUCAGGUCCGUGCAGCCAUCAGCUAUUAGCUUAUUUCAAGAUGUCUCCCAGGUGUUGAGCCCAUUACCUCAGUUGUUAGUAAUGUGCUCAAUUAAUUACCAGAUUUAUGACGAUGUCAAAUAUAAAGGGCAUACAGACCACUUAAACCAAAUCAAAGGCACAAAAGCUCUUUAAAUAUCUAUGCCUCUGUCCCUGUCAAACUUGGAGAUUUGCCUGCUAAUGUUCCUAUUUAAAAUGAGGUAACUGUUUAUCGAAAUAGAUAAUAAAUGAUACACAGUGAAAAAAUAACAAAAGAAAAUGUUUCGGGAACAAUGCAUCUGAUUUCGGGUGGGGGUAUUGAUCUCAUUUUUUUGUGCCUUUCUUAUCUUCACUUUUGAUAAAAAUCAAGCAUGAUGUUACUAAUGAAUGGUAAGCAAUUUGGGCAUAUUUCGGUGUUAUUUGAUAGGUAAACAGCAUUAUGUUUGUAGCUAUGCUAUCUGGCUUUAAGUACAAACACUGCACAGUUCAUGAAAAUAUGUAUACUAAUGUGUAUUAAAUUAGCUUCUCCUUCAUAAACAUUCUUGUAGUUCAAAUGUUGAAAAAACCCUCAGAAGUGAUAAAGCUGUAUGUGUGAAAGUGUAAUAACCUGCUUGGCUAUUGGUAAAUUUGUCAUUAAUUUGACUGGUCAGAUCCACACAUCAAAUACCCUUUUAUUAUGUUUUCAUGCCCUUUGUAUUUUAGUUAAGGGACCAACGGAAAUAUUUUUGGGACACAGGAUUGUAGUUUACUAAAGCUACUGUGCAAACAUUUCUAUGCAUUACAUGACUUAGGAGGAGUCAGGAGAAUGGAUAGUUGGAGAGAUUACACAUAUUACAAAUUGAUUGUUAAGGAAAAGUUGGAGUUUUGCUUUUCUAAUUGUGUUGAUUCGUACUUUGUUGAUAUUCAGAAUAAUGUGCUUUACAUUUUAAUACUUGAAUAAAACGUUAUGUUUGG